UCAGACAGUAUUCAUAUCUUUUUAUUAUGAACCUGGGAUCAGAGUUCAGACAUUGGGAAUGUACAGGGAGUUGGUCUUCUUCAGAAUGAGAAGCCUUCAGUUGAAGAGGAAUAACUUGAUGUGAGUGUUCAAAGGACCAGAGGGAUCUAUUGCAGUAAGAACUGUUUUGACAGUGGACCGAUGAUCCACACAUGAACCAAAACGUCCUCAAUCUGUAGGGUACAGACCAGCUCUGGAGUUUAUUAACAAAGAGUUCAGAACUAAAGAACACUUCCGGAGAGACUUCCUGUCUAGACAUCCACUAAAAUGGCAGAAGAAAACCCUCCUCCUCUCAAACAUUUCCUGACCUGCAGCGUGUGCACUGAGAUCUUCAAGGACCCGGUGUCUUUGAGCUGUCACCACAGCUUCUGUUCCAGCUGUCUCCAGGACUUCUGGGCCCAAGCUGAGAACAAGAACUGUCCCGUCUGUAAGAGGAAAUCCUCAAAGGGUAUAGUCGUUAACUUUUCCAUCAAGGAGCUCGCUGACUCCUACGCUGGAAGACAGAGGUCUGCCCCCUCAGAAGAGGCCCAGGAGGUCUGCACUGAGCACUUAAAGGAUAUCAAGUGGUUCUGUAAGGACGAGCAGAGAGCUGUGUGUCAUGCGUGUGAGUUCCCUCACCACCAGGGUCACACGCUGGUUCCUCUAGAAGAACAAGUCCAGGAGCUGAAGCAGCAGCUGACACAUGACCUCAUGGCUCUACAGGCCAGGAGGAGGGGACACCAGGAGCUGGAGGAGACGUAUGAGGCCAUGGUUCCUCACCUCAAGGGACAGCGGGUGAAGACCGAGAGGCGGAUCAGAGCAGAGUUUGAACAGCUUCACCGGUUCCUGAGAGAGGAAGAGGAGGCCAGAGUGGAGGCCCUGAGAGAGGAAGAGGAGCAGAAGAGGAAGAGGAUCCUCCUGGAGAGGAAGACCCUUCAGGAGCAGAUCCGGUCUCUCUCGGCUGUAGAAGCAGACCUGCAGAAGGACGGCCUGUCGUUCCUCAGCGCUUCCACGCGCUCCCGGACCAGCGCCAGAGCCCUGCUCUCCGGUUCUGAUCCCCAGCUGCUUCCUGGAGCGCUGCUGGACGAGGCCAAACACCUGGGAAACCUGGCCCACCGAGUCUGGGAGGAGAUGGGGCAGAGGACCACCUUCGGCCCCGUUACUCUGGACCCAAACACUGCAAAAUGCUCACUCUCUCUGUCUGAUGAUCUGACCAGCGUGAGACGUAUGGAUGUAAUCCAGAAGGUUCCUAACAACCCAGAGAGGUUCACUUGGUACACUAAUGUUCUGGGUUCUGAGGGCUUCAGCUCAGGGGAACACUGCUGGGAGGUGGAGGUGGGAGACCUUCCUAGCUGGAGAAUAGGUGUUGCUAAAGAGUCAGUGGACAGGAGAGGAGAGCGUCAUGCUACACCAGCUAAUGGAAUCUGGUGUUUACUCCACCGCAGUGAAAAGUACGCUCUGGGUACUCGUCAAACCCUGGCAUUGAAGAGGAAUCCAGAGAGGAUCAGAGUCCAGCUGGACUAUGAUGGAGGGGAGGUGUCCUUCUACGACCCUGAAGACAUGACUCUCAUCUACACCUAUCAACACACUUUCACUGACAACAUCUUCCCUUGGUUUGCUCUUGGACCAGCAGGUGAAGCCCGGACCAAAGAUGUUAGAGUGUGUGGUGUCUCCUCACGCACUAAACCAUGUAAAUGAAUGUAACCUUGUCAGUUCUGUUUGCCUGCUAGAGUCUCUAGUAUGUAGAAACAUGGUAUCUCAUAUAUAUAUAUAUAUAUAUAUAUAUAUAUAUAUAUACAUGUAACUGCAGGCAGUGUUUUCUUGCUCUGUGGACUAUGUGUCAUUCCAUACAUUGACCAAAAGGUGGACUCGUAUUAUUUUGUUGUAAUAUACCUGUUGAUUUGUU